AUGGAACACCGCAACGGCGUCAACGUGACUAUUUACAUGAAGCGUGCUCCAUGGGAUACUCCCAAGGUCAACUUUAACGAAGAUGGAGCGAUGUGUAGCCAACAAGUCAUUAAAUUGGCGGAUGUUUCAAUUCUCGUUAUCUCGUUUUGUCUUGCGUAUCCUGGAGCCAGCCCAUGCAAUCCACUUUACCCCCAGAUCGAAAUGAGAUGUGGGUGCUCUCGAUACAGAUUCAAUAUGGAAGGACUUCAGCAUGGUACAACUAAAUUCAAAUGCUAUCCUUUGCGACAUCAACCGGAUACGGAUAUGCCAAUGCCAUUUUCAAGAUGCGAGUUUAGGAUGCGUGUUCCCGAAGCCAAUGGUCAUAUAAGGUCGUCCAAAUGGAUCGCUCUACCUGAAGAUCACUACUCGCUAAAGCGGAUUGUACUUGAAGGAAAUGUAAUCAAGUUUUAUGCUUGCACGCAUGAUCCUUGCACUGUUUGUUUCGAACGCUGCUUUGGUGAUCACUUGACGCUAAAAUGCAAGCACUAUUUCCACCGGCAUUGUCUUGAACGAUGGUCAAAGGAAACCCCCACAUGUCCCAAUUGCAAAGCACCUCUGUAG